UUCCUCAGCUCAUUUUCACCCUGCCCCGUCACAUAACAAACAAAAAAUCACAAGGAAUAUAAUAGUUGUUAGUUUUAGCUGCUAGCUCUUCUGGUGAUCGAGGAAGGAAACAAUAUGUCUGCUCAAUGUUUCUUGGCUGCUUCUUUAAACUGCAGAUUCUUCCCUUCCACCACUCUCCAUUAUCCUCCGGCCUAUCUUCCGCCACCUCUUCAGUUUUACCUCAAAGCAGGAAACUGGUCGUCUUCCGGCCAGCGGCAGCCGCAGAGUUUCACUCCCAGUCAGCAAUGCAAUGCUGUGUCAAAACCUCGUACACAAGAAUACGUAGACGUGUUCCAAAAUGGUUUGCCGGUGCUGAAGUGGAAUGAGAGGCUGGACAAUGAUAGCAUUGUUGAAAAACAAACUAACGGGUGCGACGUGGUAAUAACAUCAUUAGAGAAUGAGAUAAAGGAGAGAGUGGAAAGGGUGAGAUCAAUGCUAAUGUCGAUGGAGGACGGGGAGAUUAGUGUGUCAGCUUACGAUACGGCUUGGGUGGCUCUGGUUAAGGAUGAAGAGAAGGGAGGGAUGAGCCCACAGUUCCCGGGUGCGCUGGACUGGAUCGCCCAAAAUCAGCUCCCCGAUGGCUCAUGGGGCGACCGCGCCAUCUUCCUGGCUCACGACCGUGUGCUCAACACUUUGGCUUGUGUCAUCGCCUUGAAAUCAUGGAAUCUCUAUCCUCAACAAUUCCAACUAGGAAUAAUGUUCUUGAGAAAAAACAUCAGAAAGGUGGAAGAUGAGGAUGGUGAGCACAUGCCCAUUGGCUUUGAAGUGGCCUUCCCCUCUCUGAUUGAAAUGGCCAAAAAGCUUGACAUUCAUUUUCCAGAUCAUUCAUCUUCUCAGCCCUUCCAAAAGAUUUAUGCUCAUAGAAAUCUCAAGCUUACAAAGAUACCAAAGAAGGUGAUGCAUGAAGUGCCGACAACGUUGCUCCACAGCUUGGAAGGAAUGGAAGAUUUGGAGUGGGAAAAGCUUCUGGACUUGAAGUGCGAUGAUGGCUCUUUCCUCUUCUCUCCCGCUUCUACCGCUUUUGCCCUCAUCCACACCCGUGAUCCCAAUUGUCUCCGCUACCUCUCCAACGCCGUUCAUAAAUUUCAUGGCGGAGUUCCGAAUGUGUACCCGGUGGACUUGUUUGAGCAUAUAUGGGUCGUGGAUCGACUCCAAAGGCUUGGAAUCUCUCGUUAUUUCAAAUCAGAAAUUGCACAAUGUAUUCACUACGUACAUAGAUACUGGAGUGAGCGGGGUAUCUGUUGGGCAAGAAAUACAAGAGUUCAAGACAUAGAUGACACUGCCAUGGCGUUUAGACUUUUAAGAUUGCAUGGCUACGAGGUUUCUCCAGAGGUUUUCAAGAACUUCAAAAACGGGGAAGAGUUCAUGUGUUUUGCGGGGCAGACAAACCAAGCGGUGACCGGAAUGUACAACCUCUACAGAGCCUCUCAGAUAAAAUUUCCCGGCGAGAAGAUACUCGAAGACGCCAUGGAAUUUGCAUCCAUCUUCCUCCAACGAAAACGAGCUAGUAAUGAGUUGUUGGAUAAAUGGAUCAUAACCAAAGAUCUACCGGGCGAGGUGGGAUAUGCACUUGAUGUGCCAUGGUAUGCCAGCUUACCUCGGCUAGAAACAAGGUUGUUCCUAGAGCAGUACGGCGGGGAAGACGAUGUUUGGAUUGGCAAGACUCUAUACAGGAUGCCAUUAGUGAACAACAACUUAUACUUGGAGCUUGGGAAAUUAGAUUACAACAACUGCCAGGCAUUACACCAGCUGGAAUGGAAAGGUGUUCAAAAAUGGUACAGAGACUGCAAUCUUGCGCAGUUUGGAGUGAGCGAAAGAAGCUUAUUGCUUGGAUACUAUUUAGCCAUGGCGAGCAUCUUUGAGCCAGAAAAUUCAAAGGAGAGACUGGCAUGGGCAAAAACAUCUGCUCUCAUGGAGGCUAUUGGUUCCAAGUUUGGGACAGGAAAGACAGAGAUUUGCCAAGACCAGAAAAAGGCUUUCCUUCAUGAAUUCAUAAGCAACAACUUCAGUGAAGACUACAAUAACCACAAUGGAAGUAGGCACCCGACAAGAAAUAAGACUCUUGUCGGGGCGCUGCUAGAGACCUUAAACCAGCUCUCUAUAGAUGCACUCCAAGCGCACGGUGGAGAUAUCCAUCAGUACCUACGCUUAGCUUGGGGGAAAUGGCUGCUAAAUUGGGAAAAGAACGGUGCGGUGCAAGGAGAAGCGGAACUCUUAGUGUUAACGUUGAAUAUGUUCAACGGACCUCAGGUGUCGGAGGAGUUAUUGUUGUCGCAUCCCAAGUAUCAUCAGCUGAUGGAGAUCACCAAUAGAAUUUGCCACCAACUCUGUCUCUAUCGCCAGUGCAAGAUUUCUCAGAGUCAACCACAGAAAAGGCCACUGGAGAAAAUGACUGCGGAGAUAGAACUCGACAUGCAAUACCUAGUCAAAAUGGUGCUCACAAAAGACUCCGAUGAAGAUCUCAUCCAUGAUGUGAAGCAAACGUUUCUCAUUGUAGCAAAAGCGUUUUACUAUGCUGCCUAUUGUAAUCCGGAAACAAUCGAUUUCCACAUAACCAAAGUGCUCUUUGAGAGAGUACACUGAUUACACAAAGUCACAGCUUUUGGCCCUUCUACAACUCACAAAAUAAUUGUGGGUUAAAUCAGUUCAAGUAUAUUGUAUUGAUAUAGUUACAGGAAUGAAGAAAUGUGUAAAAUGAUAUACACUAUCAAAUAUUAAGUGGGAAUAUAUGAGUCACAUAUAUAGAGGCCAAUUACUUCAAUGCCAA